AUAUCUGAACUGUAAGACCUUUCAUUAAAGGUGACAAUUACAAACAUCCUCCACACCCCUUAAUUAAUAGCUCUUGCUCUAUAAUCUGUCUUUGUCUUACAUAUGCUAGUUCAAGAACUCAGUGGGUAUCACUAUAAAAUACUAAUUGAAGUCUUAUACUCCAUAUACAAAUAGAGAGUAAGCAGGCAAAAAACAAGUCAAAAUAUUCCUUGGAUUUCUCAACAAACACACACACACAUCCCUCUUACAAAGCAAAAAAACAAGAGCUAAAAAUCACACCAAAAUAUUCCAAAUGGCUUUAGAAGCACUUUCUACCAAUGAACUCAUCAGUUUCAUCAUAUAUGAUACAAUCUCUACCACCACCACCAACAACAACAUUAAUCUUGAUGAUGAAAAUGCUCUACUUUUUACCCACAAUCAUCACGAUGAAAAUAAUAAUAAUGCCUAUUUACUAAAACCUCAAGAUUUUGCUACUACUCCCCCUUUAGACCAACAGUAUUCUAGUACCGCCGUCUCCAUGCCGCCACCCCAAACUUCCACCCGCGGCAGGGUGGUCAAGAAUAAUUUGGCAGUGGCGGCACAAGGAGGAGGCGGCGGGCGGAAGAAAAGGAGAAGGAGACCUAAAAUUUGUAAGAACAAAGAAGAAGCUGAGAAUCAAAGAAUGACACACAUUGCUGUUGAGAGAAAUAGAAGGAAGCAAAUGAAUGAACAUCUUGCUGUUUUACGUUCCCUCAUGCCUGAAUCUUAUGUUCAAAGGGGUGAUCAAGCCUCAAUCGUUGGAGGUGCAAUUGAAUUCGUUAAGGAAUUGGAACACAUUCUACAAUCUCUCGAAUCUAAGAAAUUCAUCUUAUUACAACAACAACAACAACGUGGUAUUGGUACUGAUGAUGGUGGUUGUGAUGGUAAAGCACCACACACAACCUCAGGUGAAAUUUCUGCUCCCACCACCGAGUAUUUUUCGACCCCAUUUGCGCAAUUUUUCUCGUAUCCACAAUACACAUGUAGUCAAAUACCAAACAAAUAUACAUCAAAGAGCAAGGCAGCAAUAGCAGAUAUUGAAGUGACAUUAAUUGAAACACAUGCAAACGUUAGAAUAUUAUCAAGAAGAAGAUUUCGUCAGCUAUCAAAGUUGGUCGCUGCGUUUCAGUCAUUGUACCUUACUGUCCUUCACCUCAAUGUCACCACUUUGGAUCCAUUGGUUCUCUAUUCUAUCAGUGCUAAGGUAGAAGAAGGUUGCCAACUAAACUCAGCAGAUGACAUAGCAGGUGCAGUCCACCACAUGCUAAGAAUAAUUGAGGAGGAAGCAGCUACCCUUUCUUGCUAAGCCUAGGGGACAGUCCCCCUAUUAUCUUUUUAUCAUGUUUUUAUUUUUUCUAGUUUGAAUCCAGUUGGACAAAACAAAAAAAAAAAAAAAGGAGAAAGAACUUGUUCAAUGUUUAUAUUAGUUGCUAAUUCUUUCUUGUCCUUGUACGUACAACAUGAGCUGUGAUAUUUUGUUUAUAAUGUGUGUGCAAUGCUUGUACAA